AACCGUAGCUUCGUUUUAAAAUCCGCUAAGGAAACUUGGAUUUCUGUGACUUGAAUGAAGAUUGCCACGAAGGACGUUCGACCUGCCUUCUCUUGAAAAUAAUGAUAGUCCACAUGUUUUUAUAAAUAAGUUUGUUUUCUGUGAACUGUCAGUCCCGCGCGGUGUCCCAUUGUUUGUGUCGGUGUUAUGGCUUUGAGAGGAUGUUAACAUUAUUGAACUAAUUUCCGUGUAACUGAUAUUUCACAUUUCAUGGGAUUGCACUUCGGGUGCCGGUCAGUGUGAUGCGGGCGGCGGUGCUGCUGGCGGCGGUCGCACUGUGCCAUGCUGCCUCGCUGGACUCCGAGCUGGGUGUUGGCAAGUCCAUCAAUAUAUUUAUGAGAUAUGGCUACCUCAGCAUCUGCAUGCGCGUGGUCCCGAGAAACGACACGGAGGGCUGGGUGUUCCGGGAACCCACCGUGUCCGUAUUCAGGGAUGUGGAACAGCUGGCCAUCGCGCCCAAGCCCCGCCAGGCCAAGACCCUCUUCGAUGGAGAUUUCCACAUGGAGUUCUGCGAUAACUUGAAGCAGCUUCUCCAGGCGUACUUCAGGGAUUUUAGUUUUGAAAGAUUAGAGCGGCCAUGGCGCGCGUUCACGGCGGGCUGGCCGACAGACAUAAUGGCGCGGAACCUCGGCAUCAAUUCCUCCUUCAUCACCGGCGACCACUGCUACGUGCUCGUCAGAGUCUCGAGGUUCCGCGAGAUAGCCAAGUUAAAAGACCUGCCGCCAAACAUAGCGGUGGAAGACGUGGUCUUCGAUGCCAUAGAGGAUACUACCAUAGGUGAUACGGUCACUAUUGCUGACUUCAUCAGGAAAUAUGGAUCACAUUAUAUUGCCUCGUAUAUUACGGGUAAUUCUUUGUAUCAGGUAUUUGUGUUCACCCGGAGCGUGUACUCUCGGAUCAAGGAGCGGGUGAAGACGCGCGGCAUCGCCAGCAUCCCCGCGUCGGAGAUCAACAAUCUGUUCUCGCCGCUCUUCGCGGAGCAUGUCGGCGCGCUCAAGGUGUUUGUGUUCUCUAGAACCGCUUACUCUAUGAUCAAAGAGAGACUUAAAAGCAAAGGCGUUGCGGACAUAACGGCCAAAGAGUUGGAGGGCUAUUUCUCGCCCUGGCAGGCGAAACAUAUCGGCCAGAUUAAGGUGGCCAGCGGUAACAAAACAGUAGAAAGCUGGGCGAUGAAGCGACUAAGAGUGCAUUACUAUAUCUUCUCCUACCCAAGUCUACUUAAACUGCACGGAGAGCCAUCUCUACUCAGAAACCUCGACACUCUUCUCGGCAACGAAGCCUUGCUCCAACUGGAACUAAAGACUUUAUCACCAGCGUUCAAAGACAUAAAGAAGAAAAAGUGGUUCGAAGAAGUGAUAGACAAUUAUUUAAAACUCUGGGAGAGUAAUAUGUGACGAAUAGAACAAUUUUAGGUGAAUUAAAUGUGUUGUGAAUGUGAUACUGGUUGUGUGUUUAGAUUAGUUUACUGCGAAACGAAUGUAGAUGGCGCUAGUCAGUGUUGCCAACUAAGUGGAAUUUCCACUAGAUCUGGUGGUUUAG